GGAGCCACCGUUCCUGCUGCUGCUGCCGCCGCUGCCCGAAUCGGAACUGUCGGGCCGCAGCCGCCGGCAAUGCCGCGAAGGAAGAGGAAUGCAGGCAGUAGUUCAGAUGGAACCGAAGAUUCCGAUUUUUCUACAGAUCUCGAGCACACAGACAGUUCAGAGAGUGACGGCACGUCCCGGCGAUCUGCCCGAGUCACCCGCUCCUCAGCCCGGCUGAGCCAGAGUUCCCAAGAUUCCAGCCCGGUUCGAAAUUUGCAAUCUUUUGGCACUGAGGAGCCUGCUUAUUCUACCAGAAGAGUGACCCGUAGUCAGCAGCAGCCUACCCCAGUGACUCCAAAAAAGUACCCCCUUCGGCAGACUCGUUCGUCUGGCUCAGAAACUGAGCAGGUGGUUGACUUUUCAGAUAGAGAAACUAAAAAUACAGCCGAUCAUGAUGAGUCUCCACCUCGAACUCCAACUGGAAACGCACCUUCUUCUGAGUCUGACAUCGACAUCUCCAGCCCUAAUGUGUCUCACGAUGAGAGCAUGGCCAAGGACAUGUCCCUGAAGGACUCAGGCAGCGACCUCUCUCAUCGCCCCAAGCGUCGUCGCUUCCACGAAAGCUACAAUUUCAAUAUGAAAUGUCCUACUCCAGGCUGUAACUCUCUAGGACAUCUUACAGGAAAACAUGAGAGACAUUUCUCCAUCUCAGGAUGCCCGCUCUAUCAUAACCUGUCCGCUGAUGAGUGCAAGGUGAGAGCACAGAGCCGGGAUAAGCAGAUAGAAGAAAGGAUGCUGUCCCACAGGCAAGAUGACAACAACAGGCAUGCAACCAGGCACCAGGCACCAACAGAGAGGCAGCUGCGGUAUAAGGAAAAGGUGGCCGAACUCAGGAAGAAAAGGAAUUCUGGGCUGAGCAAAGAGCAGAAAGAGAAAUACAUGGAACACAGACAGACCUAUGGGAAUACUCGGGAACCUCUCUUGGAAAACCUGACUAGCGAAUAUGACUUGGAUCUUUUCCGAAGAGCGCAAGCCCGGGCUUCAGAGGAUUUGGAGAAGUUACGGCUGCAAGGCCAAAUCACAGAGGGGAGCAACAUGAUUAAAACAAUUGCUUUUGGUCGUUAUGAGCUCGAUACUUGGUACCAUUCUCCCUAUCCUGAAGAGUAUGCACGAUUGGGACGUCUCUACAUGUGCGAAUUCUGUUUAAAAUACAUGAAGAGCCAAACGAUACUCCGCCGGCACAUGGCUAAAUGUGUGUGGAAACACCCACCCGGCGACGAGAUCUAUCGCAAAGGCUCCGUCUCUGUGUUUGAAGUAGAUGGCAAGAAGAACAAGAUCUACUGCCAAAACCUGUGCCUGUUGGCCAAGCUUUUUCUGGACCACAAGACAUUAUAUUACGAUGUGGAACCCUUCCUGUUUUAUGUUAUGACUGAAGCGGACAACACCGGCUGUCACCUGAUUGGAUAUUUUUCCAAGGAAAAGAAUUCAUUCCUCAACUACAAUGUGUCCUGUAUCCUUACCAUGCCUCAGUACAUGAGACAGGGCUAUGGCAAGAUGCUCAUUGAUUUCAGUUAUUUGCUUUCCAAAGUGGAAGAAAAAGUUGGCUCCCCGGAACGCCCGCUCUCCGACCUGGGACUCAUAAGCUAUCGCAGUUACUGGAAAGAAGUGCUUCUCCGUUACCUGCAUAAUUUCCAAGGCAAAGAGAUUUCUAUCAAAGAAAUUAGCCAGGAGACAGCUGUGAAUCCUGUGGACAUUGUCAGCACUCUGCAAGCCCUUCAGAUGCUCAAGUACUGGAAAGGAAAACAUCUAGUUUUAAAGAGACAGGACCUGAUUGAUGAGUGGAUAGCCAAGGAGGCCAAAAGAUCCAACUCCAAUAAAACCAUGGAUCCGAGCUGUUUAAAAUGGACCCCUCCCAAGGGCACUUAAAGUGACCUGUUACUCUGAGCCAGCGAACCCCAGCAGUAGGAAUCCGUACCCUAGGGAUCUGUCUGUCAUUUCUGUUGCUCUUGUGAUUGGCAAGUACAGUAUCCUCUGGGAAGGCCAUGCCCCUCAGGACUGUCCUGGCUCCGAGCCUCACGUACUCUGCAGACGCUGGUUCUGAGGAACUGUUGUUUCGGCCUCAGUGAGGUUGCCUGGAUGGGAUCUCGAGUAGACUUGAGCACAGAUCCCUCGUAGCACUGACCCAAGGUGUUCUGUUUGGUACUGUACCUGUCCAGUCACUGGUUCCCCUCGUGCCCUCUAGCCCCUUCAGGUUGUGUUGUGUCUCCCGAACUUUGUAAUAGUGCAUCUUGCUGCCCCGGUCACCAGACUUCCAAAUAACGGUUGUCGCCACCAGGACCUUUCUAGUUCCUCCUUA